UAUUAAAAAACUGUUUUAAUUUUUUUAUUAAUAAAGUGUUUAGAAACUAGUUGAAUAUUUUUCUGUCUGGAUACUUACUUUAGAUCUGUGUAUGUUCUGUGCGGUUCUGUUACUUGGGUUGAUAAGUAAAUUCAUAUAUAAAGUAUUAUUCUAAUAAAUUAAUUAUAUUUAACUUCAACAUGCCUGGUGAACUAACAGCAGAUGCGAUUACUUUAGAGCUUGGAGCUCAGGAACCAUGGCCUCAAAUGAUACAAUUGUAUCAACCAUUUGAAGUAGAACAAAUAUUAUUGCCAGACAAUGCUAGUUGUCUUGCCGUCCAAGCUUUUCUCAAAAUGUGUAAUUUAGAGUUUCAAAUAAAAUCAAGAAGGGAUGCCGAAUAUAUGUCACCAACCGGUUCUUUGCCUUUCAUUAAAUGCGGUGCAUUUGUAUUAUCUGAGUUUGAUAAUAUAGUGUCGUUUAUUUCUAACAAAGGAACAAGUUUAUCCAAUCAUUUAAAACCUGAAGAUAAAUCAGAUAUGAAAGCUUAUAUUUCAUUAGUCAAUAAUGUUUUUGUUAAUGCUGAACUUUACAUUUGUUGGGUUGAUCCAACAACAUUAGAAGAAGUAACUAAACAAAGACAUGGAAGUGUUUAUCCUUGGCCUCUUAAUCAUUAUUUAAAUUGGCAAAAGAGAAAGCAAGUUAUAAAAAGGCUCAAUGUACUUGGUUGGUAUAAUAGAACUUUAAAGGAAGUCGCUGAUGAAGUUCAAAACUGUUGUGUGAUAUUAUCGGAAAGAUUGAAUAAAAGAAACUUCUUUUUUGGUAACGAAAAUCCAAACGAAUUGGAUGCCCUAGUUUUUGGGCACAUAUUUACGAUUAUUACAACACCUCUUCCAAACAACGUACUGGCGAAUAUUGUUAAGAAUUUUCCAUCGCUCGUGAAUCUCUGCAAACGCAUCGAGAAUAGCAUUUUUCCCUCUACAAACAUUAUCAGUCUAAUAGAUUAACAAAACGUUGGAGGCGAGAGAUAAGUGACACAUCUAAGGAGAAUUGCAAUUAUUGCAACAAUAUAUAAAACUUAUACAAGGUGUUUUUAUUGCUCAGCGAAAAGUUUUUUCUUUAUUUUUGUUUUUUUGUUUAGGUAUUAUUAAAACAUUAAUUAUAGUAAUACUCUGUUCUCAUAUUAAAAAGAUGAAACAGUUAUUUUCUAUAUACCUGUGUAUAAUGUUCAUGCUAUUUAUACCGAUAUUAAGUAUACAACAUAUUUGCAUCAUAUAUAAUGCUUAUAAUUUUGUUGAUAAUAGUUAAUAAUUAAUAAGUAAACAGAUGAUAAUAAUGGUAUAAUUUUAAAUAGAAAAUUUGUCUAAUCUCAUAUUUUUUAAGCUUUCUUUUUAAAAUAUAUACUUUUCUGUUAAUCUCAAUACAAUUAUUGAUAAAGGACAGGUAAUUACUAUUUAAAGUGUUAUAUAUAUUGUGCUUGCUAAUACUAUGUUUUUAGUUGAAAUACAAUAUGCAUCUGUUAAGCAUGUUUUUAAAUAAUAGAACAGAGUAAUAUAAUUCUUUUUGAACAAAAAUCUUUUUUCAACAAUUUAUUUAACAAAUUUAUUUUAUAUUUUUCUCUAGUCAAUUUUAUUAUAAAUCAUUUGACGUUUAGAAUUAUGUUUAAGUAAUAUAUGAUAAUAUUUAAAUUAUAAUCAUAACGAAACUUUAAUAUAUAUUCUGUCAUAACAUAUAAAGUAAUGAUUUUUAUAAAUAAUAUUAUAUUUAUUAUAUCAAAUUCUUUAAUCUGGUAUUGGAACUAUUAUUAUCAAGUACUGGCAUUAGUGUGUAAAUGUAUGUUACAUAUUACCGUUUCCUUUGUUAUUUCUUAAAGAUUUAAUAAUAAAGAUAAAAGAAUUUGAAAUAAUAUUAACAAUAAUGAAUUAUUCAAAACGAGACAAUAUA